AACAAAGAAAAAGAAAGGAAUAACUGCAAAACGUUUUCCCUCCCACUCUUUCUCUCUCUACAAAACCUAUACAUACAAUAAAUCCAUUUUCUCUCUCUACAUAUACAUAUAGAGAGAGAAAGUAGUGAAUCAUGCCAAAAGCUUUCUGAAUACUUUUACUUGGCCCUCUGUAUUUCUCUCUGUCGCCAUUGUGUCACUGUUGCAUAGUUUCUAGAGAGAGAAAGUGCAGAGUUUUUGUGUUGAAUUGGAAGGAGGAAUUUUUUUUUGAGAGAGAGAGUUGAGUUGAGAAAGGAGGAGUCGCCGAUGGGUCCAUCAACGGCGACGACGGGGCAGAGCAACAGCAGUUACGAUCUGUCAUUUAAGAUCUUGUUGAUCGGAGAUUCUGGAGUUGGAAAGAGUAGCUUGCUUGUUAGCUUCAUUUCUAAUGCCGUUGACGAUCUGGCCCCUACCAUUGGCGUCGAUUUUAAGAUCAAGACGCUCAGUGUUAGUGGGAAAAAACUGAAGCUUACCAUUUGGGACACAGCUGGACAGGAGAGAUUCAGGACACUGACAAGCUCAUACUAUAGAGGUGCUCAGGGGAUCAUUCUUGUCUAUGAUGUAACAAGAAGAGAGACCUUCACAAACCUGUCUGAUGUGUGGGCAAAAGAGGUGGAGCUGUAUAGUAAUAAUCAGGAUUGUGUAAAGAUGCUGGUUGGAAAUAAAGUUGACAGAGAAUCCGAGAGAGCAGUGACCAGGGAAGAAGGCAUUGCCUUAGCAAAGGAACUUGGAGGUCUAUUUCUUGAAUGUAGUGCUAAAACUCGAGAAAAUGUGCAAAACUGCUUUGAAGAGCUUGCCUUAAAGGAUUAAUGUUUCCAUCGAUUUUCUAACUAGACUACCAUAUUCAGAUAAUGGAGGUGCCUAGUCUCCUUGAAGAAGGAUCCACUGUAGGGAAGAGAAAUAUCUUGAAACAGAAACAAGAACAGCAAACACAACAGGGCGGUGGUGGUUGCUGCUCAUGAAACUCCUAGGACUUCAAAA